AAAACUGGUUAAUUUCCUUUUUAUAAGCCUCCUAAAAGAGGGUACAUCGGAAAUCACCAAUCAUUGCUUGAAUCUGUUAAGAAUGAAAUUUGCAUAGAAGUGAGCGGUAAAAACGGAUCACAGAUUUCCCACUAAAUGAUUCGUUGAUCGCCGUUUUGUUUUGUCUGGUUUUGUCAAGCAAUCAGUCCUUUGUUCGAAAAGUGUGAUUGAACAGAUCAACUAAAAGUUGUCGAUAUUAAUAAGUGAAUUUUACUCCAAAAAUGAUAGAACCAACAAUAAAAGCUCUAUCGGGGGGCAGAAUUGUUUUAGCCAGUGGCUCUUCAGGACGGCGGGAAAUAAUGAGGAAUUUGGGUGUAAAUGUAGAAAUAGUACCAUCGUUAUUCGAUGAAAACCUCGACAGAAAUAACUACAAAGGUCACGGAGAAUACGUGCAAGACUUGGCAUACCAUAAAGUACUCUAUGUAUUUAAUGAUUUAAAAAAUGACUCCGUUCCUCCUUCAUUGAUAAUUGGGGCAGACACGCUCGUAACUAUGGGAGAUAUUAUUUAUGGAAAACCAAAGGAUAGUACCGAUGCAUUUAGAAUGUUAUCUAGUUUAGCUAAUAAGGAACAUAUAGUAUUCACUGGAGUUUGUUUGAAAACUCCAACAACGGAAAUUAAAUUUUUCAAUUCUUCUAAAGUAAGACUUGGAGAUGUAUCAGAGGAGCAGAUAUCGGCCUACGUGAAGACCUGUGAACCACUGAACAAAGCUGGUGGGUAUGGCAUCCAAGGAAUCGGUGGGUGCUUGGUAGAGAAAAUCGAAGGAGACUACUUUACCAUAGUAGGCAUUCCGGUAUACCUGUUGAUUAAGCAUUUAAAUAAAUUAUAUGGCUCUCUGUAACUCUUACGAAAUAAAGAUGUUAAAUCAA